CGCCUUUGAAUCGCCCAAGUAGUUUCUUGCACAGACACGACUGUGCAGUUGAGGCACAUAUGAUCUGAUCUUUUUAAAUCACACUGCACCUUUUCAUGUUCUCGGGGAAGGCAGACAGUCGUUUUGCAACUCGAUCAAAGUCUUUUCGUUAAGUACUGUGUUUUAGCCAUUUGUUGUGUAAUCGAGAAGACCAUGGCUUCGGACGAGCUGGCAUCCAAACUGACCCGACGGCUAAAGAUCGAGGAUGGCACGGAGGGUGCGGUGGCCGUGGACGAGAGCCACGAAAACGGAGACGACGAGAAAUCGACGACCGCGAACGCCGACUCCGAGCUGGGAGCCAAGCUGCUCCGCCGAGGGGAGCUGAACGAAGGUGUCGGAGAACCACAGCAGCCCAGCUCGAAGGUGUUCAACCCCUACACGGAGUUCAAGGAAUUCUCCCGGAGGCAAAUCAAAGACAUGGAAAAAAUGUUCAAACAGUAUGAUGCGGGGAAGGACGGUUUCAUCGACCUGAUGGAGCUGAAGCUGAUGAUGGAGAAGCUGGAGGCUCCGCAGACUCACCUGGGCCUGAAGAACAUGAUCAAGGAGGUGGACGAGGAUCUGGACAACAAGCUGAGCUUCAGAGAGUUCCUGCUGAUCUUCCGCAAGGCGGCGGCGGGAGAGCUGGCUGAGGACAGCGGUCUGCACGCUCUGGCCAGACUGUCCGAGAUCGAUGUGUCUACAGAGGGGGUGAAGGGAGCCAAGACGUUCUUUGAGGCCAAGGUCCAGGCCAUUAACGACUCAAACCGAUUCGAGGCAGAGAUUCGUCAAGAGCAGGAGGAGAAGAAGAAGCAGCUAGAGGAGAAGAAACAGAGAAAGGCAGCUUUCAAAGAGCUGCAGUCGGCCUUCAAAUAACCUCACUCUCUCUUCUCUGCGUUACUCUUCCGAUUAAAGAGGAAAGUAUGUGCUGGAUAUUGAGUAGAUUGAGCAGAGUGCAGGACCUCUCCAAACACCAUGACUCCAGGACCAUUUUGCAUUCAUUCAGUUCCACUAUAUAACAGCCUGUUCCAGAAAAUAAAAAACAGAAUUUCAUUAACUGCUCCUGUGAUAGAGAUAGUAGUAUUUGAGAAAGGCAAUCGAUGAAACACUGUAGUUCUUAUGCUUUACUUAAAUAAUGAUUCCCCCUUCCCACAGAGCCUGCACACUGUAUGUGAUGUCAUUUCCUGUGCAUGCAGGAAGCACACUUGUACAAAAAACCAUGAGCCUCUGGUGUAUAUGUUUUGGUGUUGGGGGUGAGAUGUUUUUGCAUGUGGUGGUGGUAUUUUUGGUAUGGCCGUUGUGAGGACCUGACAUUCUGCCCCUGGUGGUCGGCUAGCUGCCUCAGUGCACAGCAACAGCCCCCGUUCCCAUGCCUCUGUUUCCUUCCGGUGUGCCUUUCUGCACUCAUUUCCAGCGAAAUGAAAAUAAUAAAAUGACUGAAAUACAUUGAGAAUGCCUCUUAUCCAGGCUGAGAGGUUUUGUAGAUUCCAUUGCUUCCUGUUCUGUGUUGUCGUGUGUUUCUGUCAUUACACGUAUGUGGAAUGUGUCUUUGCUCAGGCGUACCGCUAAACUCCUGUGUGAGAUCCACAAGUGGCCAAAGCUGAGAGUGUGAAUUGUGAAUUAUCUCACAAGUGGCACACAAAUGCUGUGACAAUUGCGCCCUCUCUCGGCAGCCAUGGGAACUUCACAUGAAGACUAAGUUGCUGUCUCCUGUGUUGUCCUGUAGAGGGCGCAGCGCUCCGAUGAUGCUGAGCGAACUGCAGCUGCCUCGACUCGCAGACUUCACUGUCUCUGUCGCGGCUCCUGUGGCGGAUUUUUCUUUCCUUUUUACUCUUUUCAUAUUUCUUUGUAAAAUUGUGCCAGAUUUUCUAGCUGGUUUCAGCUGCUCCUCUUUCUUGGAGGAAGGAAGACCAAAGAUAACUGAUAAAGUAGAAGUGGUUGAGGCUAUGGUACCUUAGCAUGUGUAUCGGCUUCUAUUCUGCUAAUCGGCUGUUGCCACAUGGGUAAAUUCAAGGAAAGCCUUGAACAUUGUGAUCACAAGGGUUUAAGGUGUCUGUACUUAAAUGCUUCUGAGACAAAGGCACUGAAACUGUGCUUCCACUUACAAAUGGAAAUUUGCUGUGCAAACCGUAAUUACUAAAUUAAUUUUCAUCUUUAUCUAAGUUUACGAACACUGUUUUCUACACAUGCUCUGGUUGUCUUAAAACAGUUGCUUUUAUUUUUCAUACCUUGGCUCAGGUUU